AUGAGUAAAUCAACGACUAAACAGAGACUAAGAGUCCAGAAAGCUUGUGAUAUAUGCAAGAGAAGAAAAGUUAAAUGUGACGGUUUAUCACCAUGCUCGAAUUGUAUCAGACACAAUGUAGAUUGUACCUACGAUUAUAGAACUUUUGCCUCAAGAAAGAAACCCAGGUUUAUUACCAAUGUAUUGAGUUCAUCGAGAGAGUCCAGUGUGGCCUCAUCUAUACCACUGUCCUCCAAUGGUAAAAGCGUUUUCAUAGAAGAUCAAACUGCAAAAUUAUUGUUGGAAUUAAGUUCAAAUAGAGAACAUAGCAGUAAUAGUAGUCUUUACGUGAAUGAUGAGAAACAACUAUCAAGUAUACGGCGGGAUUACAUAAUUCAUGGUCCAGAAAUAGAUAACCAAAAAUCACCUUGGUUCACUUUUUCAAGAGAUAAAUAUAGAUUCCAUAGACGAUAUCAGAAUGUACUACCAUAUUAUUUGGGGCGUUCUUUAUUGUCUCAACUACCACCAGACUCAAUCAAGUCCUUUAAUUUGGAAGUUCCCAGGAUACAAAAUUAUGGUUGGAACUUAUCGGGAGGACACUAUAUUAAAGCAAGUACAUUUUCAGACAGUAAUGACAGCAAUAAUAAUGGUGAUUUAUUUUUCAAUUUUGAUAAUUCUAUGCACCUUUCAAUAGUCAAUAAGUUAUUGAAUUUUUUCUUCAAUGAAAUUAAUAAAUCAUUAUCAAUACUUGAUUAUUCGACUUUUUGGAAGCAAUAUAACAAUGGGUUUUUACAACAGGGGAAACAGAACAAUAAUUCAACGAAACUGUUCACUUCAAUAUUAUAUUUGGUUCUAGCAAUCGCAUUAAGGUUCAAGGACGGCGAAUUACAGGCUCCCAACGUCGAAGAGCCUUUCUUUAGUGAAGAAGAGUUACUUUUCCUGAAUAAAACUCACGAUAAAGAGGGAAAACUUUUCAAUUAUUCAUAUUCAAUAGUAUCGAAAUUGACUUUUGAAUGGGAAUCAUUCGAGCUCUUACAAUCCUGGCUACUUAUUACCUUCUAUUUAAGAACAUGUCAUAGACAAAUAGCAUGUUGGAGUGCUCUCGGUAAAGCAGUUACCAUGUGUAAAGGAAUGUCAUUACAUUUGAACCAGCUACCCGAAAUACACUCAGAGAAUGAUAGAAUCAAGGCAUGGAAUUGUUUUUGGGCCGUUUUUAUAAUGGAUAAAUUGAUCAGUUUCCAAAUUGGUAGAGCGUAUUUAUUGGAUUUACCAAUCGAUACAAUGAUUAGACCGGAUAAUGCCACUAAAACCAAAGAUAUUUCAUGGUUCAGCAGUGAGACAAUACAUUUGUAUGAACUAUCAUUAUUGAUAUUGUGUUUCCAAAAACAAAACGCACAGGAAUUAAGUCCGACUGAAUCUCUUGAAUUCAGACAAAGCUUGGAUUUAUGGAUAUCAAAACAAAAUUUUGAUAAUUGGUCGUCAUUGUACCAGGUACAACCAUUUUUAACUUAUUUAGAUAUUAAAUUGACUUUCGAGGCAAAGACACUACUCGCAUUACUCGAACCUCCUACAGAUCUUACGUCCAAAUCUUUACAUUUCAAUGUAGAUUUCAAUUCAUUGAUAUCAGCAUCUUGCCAUUCCAUUAACUUACUAGAACUGAUAGUGAAAAAUAAACAAUUUUUCAUUCCGUGGUGGCUAAACCUGUCACAAUUAUUUUCAGUGAGUCUAAUUUCAUUAACAUUGCUCCAGGCCGGUAUAAAAACGAAUAGUACCAAGGAUCUAUUAGCAAGAUCCAUGAACCUUUGGAAUUCCCUGGCAAAUGAGAAACCCAAAAAUCCUCCCUCGAUGCUAGCACAAUGUGUAUGGUGCAUCAAAAUGCUAAACCAUAUCGCAUGUCUAAGGCUUCUUCAAGCUACCUCUAUUCUGAAUGAACUGGUGGGAAUUAAUGAGACUACUGACAACUCGGUAAAUAAGAAUAACUUUGAGCAAUUUGCAAAAGUCGGAGAAGACGAGGAACCUGACCAAGAGAAUGACAGUAACAUGCCUUUCCAAAUCUUGCAGGAUUCUCUUAGCACACCUACUGACGAUCUUCUGGAAGAAGAUUUAUUCGGUAAUUUACAAUGGUUCGAUCAAGCAUUUUUAUGA